CCUUUCACACAGUUCCUUGGUCAAUAAACAGGUUUGAUCAUUUGUACAAACCCCAAGAUACUCAUACCUCUGUUGUGAUUUUAUUUGGAUGCAUGUAAGAUAAGUUUCUGCAAGGAAUUCUACUUUUAAGGAUAUGACUUUUAAUGGUCUUAUGCAUUCAAUACUACAUGUAGUCAGGCCUUUCUAAUGUUCUGUGCUAUUACAAGUUUGUUAAAUACUAUCUUCACCUGAUUAGAAUUUACACAACCUGUAACCAUUUGCAUCAGGCAGAGCAGGUUAUUCACUUUGCUGGCUUUGAAGCACUGUAUAUUCCACACACUGAACAGCAGUGAAAUGGCAGAAGCUAAGCCUCAGCUGUGAAAUAGGGUCCUUCUCAUACAGGAAGGAUGUUUCCCAAUGCUUGUCCAAACCCUGGCAGCACAGCCACUGUCUGCCGCAGCCUGGGGCCUGUGCCUGACGCCCUCCUGCGCUGGGUACUACUCACCGCUGGGAUGAAAGCGGUCACCUGCCCCAUCGCAGGUCCUUGUGUGCUGAGCUCAGCAGCGGCCGCUUCCAAGCAAUUAAAGAAAAAGCACAAUUAAUUUGGUUCCAACAGAACAGAGCGCGUGUGCGAGUGGAUUUAUGUCAGCAUACCCAGCUCCUGUCAGGACGCGAGGGCUUGGGUUUCGUGCCUGUCUAGACUCACCCAAGCCCAUCCCUAGGGCACCACGGAGACAGGGGACCCCAAACUUUUCACCCUCCCUGCCUCCCUAUCGUCCCUUCCAACAGGAGGCCGAGCACCCCCAGGGUACCCGCUCCCCCGCUCCCUGGCAGCUCUCGACCCCCAAGCCGGGGCCUCCUGUGCCGCCCAGUCCCCUCACGGACACAGCCCCUCUCAGGGGGCCGGGCCGCCCGCUCCCACCACCCCGGAGGGUGUGUCCGAUGGGGGAGGGAAGAGAGAUCUCCGCUCUUACAAAAGCUUCCUGGGCGGAGAAUAUUGCGUUUAUCCGGUGGGGUGGUGGCUAUGCCCCGGUGGAAGUUUGCUAGCAAGCGGUGUAGCCCUGGCUUGGGUGGGGGGCCUGGCUGUGGUGUUCUCUCCCAGGAGACGAAGAAUCAGCGUAUCGCGUUGUUCUUCCACGACUUCGACCAGCAGGCCAAGGAAAAUAUCCAGGAAAUGAAGAAGGAACUCGAUUCGCUUUUGCAAACAGCUGAGAAGGCGUUUACAGUAGAGCUGCUGAAGAUGCCAAUUGCUAUCAGGAAAAUUAAGAGAAAAGAUUUGCUUAUUACAGAUUUGCGAGAAGGCGAGGAAGUGGCUCUUGCUGCUGCAGUGACUGACUAUUCUCUGGAAGACAUAGAAAAUCCAAAACUGGUGUGGACCAACAGCAAAAAAGUUAAGGUAACUACAAUUGUUGAAUAUGAAGAUGCCAAGCAUAUUUCUGCAAAGAAAAUAUCUAAAAAGAUUUCCAAAAGUAAGUUGUUGGCUUCACUGUCGCCUAGUCUAAAUGGCAAACUGGACCCUCUUUCUAGGUCUCUUCACUCUUCUGCAAGUGUGACUGAAGCUGUUAAGUCUCCUGCUUCUGAUUAUAGCACCACAAAUUUCAAAGCCAACCCAAAGGUAUCUAAAAGGGAAAGGGGAGAAUGUGAAGAAAACCAGUGAGAAGAAAGAGUUGGUGAAGGAUUUUAUGCCUUGAUUGGAAGCUAUAUUCAUGAGCUUUUGACUCCAUAGGCUGGGGGAGUUGCUUAUUGAAAAUGCUGCUGUUGUGUGGGGUUUUUUACAAAACAAACGAUGAGCAAUUGUUUAGCUAGGAACAUGUUUCCCAUCUUAAAAUUCUGCUUAACAAAAAUUCAAAAGCUUACAUUAGAGGUACUGUUUUGUUGUGUUUUUUUUUUUUUUUGUGGUGUUAAAUGUGAAAUGUUCUCCAAAUCUGAUUCAGCAUGUAGGUACAGUGUGCUUAUUUAAAAAAAAAAAAAGAAAAAGAAAACCCCCACAAUUAUCUUUGGCAGAUGUGUGCAGAUACCUUUGAACUUCUGUUAAAAGAAGUCCUGCCAUAGCAGUGUAAUCUGACUGGAACAUAGGGUUCUGGUCAGAGGAGUGAACAUGGUGUCUCCUUGAACCUUAUUUUUAUGAAACUGAAACAUAAUGAGGAAUACUAGCUUCUUGUUCAUGCUGUUCAACGCACUAUCCCAGCAUAAGAGCACUGAACACUUCCUUUCAUAGCAACUCCAUGAAUCUCCUGUUAGCUCAUAUAUUUUAUAUAUGUGUACACAAAACACAGUGAGGUGCUAUUUCAAAAUGGAUGUGAGUGCUGUCAAUCCUUUCAAGUAGGGUAAAAUAUAACACUAUUUCAGAAUUGCUUUAUCUGUGGGCCUGUUAGCUGGC